UUGGCCAAGUCAAAGAAAAUUUUACAAGAAUUGAACCAUAUUCAAGAGAAUAUUUCCAUUUGGUACUCUCUCACUCCAAUUCAAGAGAGGCUUAACAUUUGGUUUAAGCAGAGGCCAAACUUGAAAAGCAACAAAAAGAUAUGAACAAGAUAAUGGAGACUCUUUCAGCUCUCUUCCUCGUUUGACAGGAUCUCCAUUUCUCUUCAUAUAAAUUCUCACCAUUCCAUCCCAACAACCAACACAAUCAAUAACCCUUAAAACACACAAAAGAAACUAAAAUAUGGGUAGGAAAAGAAAAGUUGGUCAAGAAAACUUGGAGGACAAAAAUAACAGUUGUUCUGAUCAAGGAACAAUGGCAUGGGAUGAGAUGGUGAAAGAAGCAGCAAUAGGAGGAGUAAGGAGAGCAAGAAAGCGAUUCGUCGGUGUCCGGCAAAGGCCAUCAGGAAGAUGGGUAGCUGAGAUUAAAGAUACCAUACAAAAAAUAAGAGUAUGGUUAGGUACUUUUGAUACUGCAGAAGAAGCUGCAAGAGCUUAUGAUGAAGCUGCUUGUUUACUUCGCGGAGCUAAUACAAGAACCAAUUUUUGGCCUUCUUCUCCUUCGUCUUCUGCAACGACUUCAGCUCUUCCUUCUAAGAUUACCAAUCUUCUUCUUCAAAGACUCAAAGCAAGAAAUAGUAACAACAACUCUGGUAAUUGCCCUUCUCCUCCUUUGUCCACCUCGACUAUGGUGGCAUCAUCUUUGGCUUCUGUCAUCAAUAAGAAGAAGCAAGAAAAGCAACAAUUACUUGAAGGACAAGUAGUGACAGAUUUUUCUGCAGAUCAUACCCAGUUCACUGAUUUUCUUAUUAAUGGCGAUCCUCCUCAAGAUUUUGAUCAUUAUAUCAGUAACAAUGAUCACAUGGUCGGUAGUUGUUCGAGUGUUGAGUUCGGUUCCUGUUUGACUGAUGAGAGAGAAGAAGAAGACAGAGCUCUUGAUUUUGACUGUAACUGGAUUACUGAUGAUCAUAUAACUCAAUCUUUUUGCAGUGGAGAUGUUAAUAAUACUAAUUUUCACGAAGAAGAUGGGGAAGUAGACAUGGGGGGUUUGGAUUUUCAGUUUAUUGAUAAUGUUGAUCAAUCAUCUUUGUACUGUUCUCCUUUUGAUAUUUUUGAAGAGAUGGAAGAACCAGUGGAACCAGAGACCUGCUACGGGGAUGAGCCUUCUAUGCUUAGAGCUGCAAUGAAGAGAAUGAAAUAUGAAAGGAAAUUCUCAGCUUCUCUUUAUGCUUUUAAUGGUAUUCCUGAGUGUUUAAGGUUAAAGCUUGGAUCAGGAGAGAGGUCUGUUAGUCAGUUAACUAAUCUGCGAAACGCGUGUAACAAGAAGAAAGAGGAGGAGAGGAAAGUAUUAGAAGAAGAAGAGGAAGAACAAGACAAUAUUAGUGAAGCUAUGGAAAAGAAACAAGAAGAGAAUCCACAAAGCUCAAUUGAAUUGGAAUCAUCAUCAUCAUCAUCAGCUUCUUCUUCUUCUUCUUCUUCUUCUUCUUCUUUGAGCAAUGAUGGUGAAUUGUCACUUUGGAGCUCUCUUGAUCUUCCACCAAUCUGCUAUGUUAACUAAUUCAAUCAUGAUUUUACAUUUUAUAAUUCUGAUUCAAAGUCUACAAAUUAUAGUUCAAUCAUUUUCAGUCAAUCAUGUUCUUGAUCAUAAGUUGAGAUUGUUAUCUUUCUUGUAAAACCACAAAGCAAUGAACUUUUGACUUCUUCGCAUGUUUGCUGUUAUUGUGGUUUUCUUUUUUUUUAAAAAAAAAAGA